AUGGAUAAUCUCAAUAUUGACAUUCGCCAGUGGCUUCCGGAUGAGAUGCCAGAGAGUGGAAACUGGAAACCCUUUGCGCUAGCAAGUGUUGUCUUUGUCGUUUUGCGAUUCUCCAUUAUUGUUACCUACCGGCUUCUCUUCUCCCCUCUAGCCAAAUUCCCUGGUCCAAAGAUUGCUGCGUCAACUCACCUCUAUGAGUCGUACUAUGACUAUUGGAAGCAAGGCCAAUACUACAAAGUCAUCCAACGCAUGCAUGAGAAAUACGGUCCCAUCGUACGCGUCACGCCUGAUGAACUGUUAAUUAACGACCCAGACUUUUAUGAUACCGUCUAUGUUAAUG